GGGACAAUGGAGAUACCAGGCUCUUUCCCUCUGGUGCUGGAGGGUCCCUGGGAUCCCAAUCCCUCCAAGAAGUUGUGUAACAAAUUGCAGUGCUACUUCCAGAGCCACCGGAGAUCAGGAGGGGGGGAGUGUGUGCUCACACCGCAGAGAGACCGAGCUGAGAUCCUUCUCCUCUUUGAACAUGAAGAAGUAAGGCAACGGGUUCUGAAGAGAGAGAACCAUGAGUUAGAAUGGCCAGGACAGGAAAAAUUGAAUCUCACUGUCAGACUGCCUACAGCAAAGGAUGGGAAUAAAAUCAGUGAGAAACCAGUCACAACAGAAGAAUCCAAGAUCAAAGAUGGAGUCCAAGAACAAGAGUCAUCAGAAGACCAGGACACAAAGCUCACACUGGAAAGAAGAUCUGUCCAGAAUGAGGGUAUCUCCAAAGGCCCUGGAACUAUUUCCUCAAUGGUUGUAUUUAAAAAUAUCCAAGACAGAGGGACACAGGAUCUUUUGCCUUUGUUGGUGGAGAAUGUGAGUGGCUUCUCAGAAAGGAGUGGAGACUUUACAAUAGAAAUUAUACCAGAAACUGAUGUUGCUGUGGUUACCUUUCUGAAAACCAUUGAUACAGAGACAUUUACUACUAUUUGUUCCAAGAAUCACAAAGUAGAAAAACUUAAGAUUUCAGCAUCACCUCUAGAAGUGACAAACAGUAUUCUGGUGAAAGACCUACCCCCAGGUGUUAAUGAAUCUUGCAUCACUCUUUUCUUCGAAAACCCAAACCAUGGAGGGGGACCAGUGAACAAAGUCCAAUAUUUUCCAAAGGAGAAUUCAGCCCUGAUUCAGUUUGAUGCAUGCAAAGUGAUUGACACCAUAUUGACAAAGAAACUUCUCUUCAACAACAGUCCCAUUUCAGUGUUCCCAUACUACCAUAGUUUGGGUACUGCUUUAUAUGGAGAGGCAAAGCCACCAGUGAAGCUGCCAAAGCCCUUAAAAGUGCCAGUGGAACCUUAUCUACUGAAAUUCUUACAGAAAGAUAAUCAAGUAAUUGGAGAGAUAACUAGCACCAUGGAGAGCCACCAUUGUGCACUAACCUGGCCAAGACCCAACUGUAAAGAGCCAAAAAUUAUACUCACUCCUUCAGCCACCUUAGUCAGCCAAAGAAGAACAAAGAGCAACAUAAUCAAGACGUGGAGUGAGGAUGUUUCCAUGAGAUUCUCUUGCCUCAUGUCUGAAUACCAGGUCAGGAAGUAUAAUGUGGACCCAGUGGUUUGGGAAGCCAUUAGAGACAGCAUAGAAAAUAAGAACAUUUUGACUGAGUUUGAUAAGCUUCAGGAGACAGUGAUGAUAGCAGGGAGACUGGAGGAUGUGCAAGGGACUGAACUGCAAAUGAAGACUCUGAUAGAAAGUUUCACCAAACAAUUAGAAAGGGAAAAACAAAGUAUAAGAGAGAACUUGACUGUGUUUCCUGGAAGGUUUUCCAUUUUAUGCAAUAAUGGGUUAGAAGAGACUCUCCACCAGGAAUAUCCAGAGCUGGAAGUCACAUAUGAUGCCCUCACAAAGAAGAUUUCCCUGAGUGGAUUGGCUGCAGAUGUGUACAAAGCAAAGAGUGAAAUUCUAGAGAAACUCCAGAGCUUGGCUCAGAAAUUCCUCCAUGUUUCUCCUCAGAUCAUUCAGUUCCUGCAGCACGUAAACUGUGAGACAUUCUCUGAAUCUCUUUUUGCAGCUAAGAAACUUUCUGCUGCUUAUGAGUUGAAGGAUGAAGCAGUUCUGCUGCUUGGCUCCUCUUCCCAAGUUCUUUCAGAAGCUGAGGAACAUAUGAAGAAAGCUUUGGACUUUAAGUGCAUCAGUGUGGUGGACAGUGGGAUUCUUCAUGAUUGUCAGUGGAAAACACUCACUGAUGAUUUAAAUAAGAAAUACAACUGCUCCUCAAAGACUGUAAUAAUAGAAAAGCAAAAUUCAGAUACUGGGAUUGAGAUAAUCAUUGCUGGUUGUGUUAGUCCAGUAUGUGAAAGCUACCAGGAACUUUAUGAAUUUAUAGAAAAAAACACAAAAAUAAAGGAGUUGGUCACUGUGACAUCUCUAGCAGUUCUCCAGUAUAUGCAGGAGGAAAAUAAACAAAUCUGGAAAAAAUUAAGGAAAAAAAAUGUGAAGGUCUAUUUCAAAACUCUGGCCAACCAGAGAGGCAUUUCAUUUAGUGGUCCCAAAGGAGAAGUGAUGAGAGCAAUGGCCAUGGUUAAAGAAACACUAGAUUCAAUAUGUAUUAGAAAUUUUAGCAUUGAUAAACCAGGGGCCAAAUCCUUAUUCAAAGAAAAGGAAGCAUUUUAUAAAAUGGAAGCAAAACAGAAGUAUAGUUGUUCAAUUUGUCUACUAGAAGAUGGAGAUGAGAAGAGUGGGAGCAGUAUAGAUGGGCAAAAGGUCCACUGUGAGAUAACCUUAGAAUCUGGCAUCUUAUUAACUGUUCAGCAGGGUGACUUAACCCAGUUCUCAGCAGAUGUGGUGGUGAAUGCAGCAAAUGAGGACCUACAGCACCUUGGAGGCCUGGCAGCUGAACUCUCUAAAGCAGCAGGCCCAGAGCUACAGAGGGAAUGUGACCAGAUAAUCCAGCAACAGGGUAAGAUCCCUCCUGGCUGUGCUGUUGUCUCAUCUGCUGGACAGCUCCCUUAUCAGCAAGUGAUUCAUGCUAUUGGUCCCAGGUGGAAGCAAGAAGAUGCUCACAGGUGUGUGCAGCUACUAAAAAAUGCGAUCACAGAGUGUCUUACUCUGGCUGGAUACUAUGGGCAUAGUUCAAUAGUUAUCCCAGCUCUUAGCUCUGGGAUCUUUGGUUUUCCCUUAAAAGAGUGUGCAGAGAACAUUGUCUUGUCCAUCAAGGAAAACUUCCAGGACCCCCAAAAUCAACAUAGCUUAAAAAAGAUUCAUCUUGUAGAUUCAUCUGAGGAGACAGUUCGAGCUCUUUCCAAAGCUGUUAAAAACAUCUUUAAAGAUCUUUCUGAUAAAAAUUCAGCGCCUUGUACACAAUCAGGAAACCAGGACAAAAACAGAAAGAAAAAAAUUGAAUGUAGAAAUGUGCUGGCCUCCAUCCAAACUAGAGAAGGUCUGAGCAUCUUGUUGGUGAAGGGAGAUAUUCAGGAUGCUGAGACUGAUGUUAUUGUCAACUCCAUUUCCCCGGAUCUUCCACUUAAUGGAGGAACACUUGCUCGGGCCAUGUUGAAGAAAGCUGGUCCAUCUCUCCAAGAAGAGUUAAAUGCAGUGGGAAAAAGAAUGGAAGUGAAAACUGGAUCUGUUCUCCUGACCAGUGGCUGUAAUCUGAACUGCACCUUUGUUCUCCAUGCAGUAAUUCCUGUGUGGGAUAAUGGAAAAGGUCAUUCACAAAAGAUCAUGGAAGAUAUAGUCAGAGAAUGUUUGGACACUCCUGAGAUUCUCUCUCUAACAUCAGUCACAUUUCCAGCAAUUGGAACAGGAAUAGCAAUGUUUCCAAAAGCCAUAUUUGCUGAAUUAAUCCUUUCACAAGUGUUUAAAUUCAGUUGUACAAGACUUUUGAAAACCCUAAAAGAAGUUCACAUUCUGUUGCGAUCCAGUGACACAGAAAACAUUAAGGCAUUUUCAGAUGAAUUCACUAGAUGGGACAGUGGAUAUAGAAAUGUAAAUCCUACCAAUUACAGAGUUGGCAAGACUGUUGAAAGACAAGAUUUCUUUGGGACUAUUUCUAAUACUACACCAGGAGUUUAUGAAACAACAAUUGGUUCCAUUUCCUUCAUGGUUGCCUCUGGAGAUAUCACCAAGGAAGAAGAAGAUGUUAUUGUAAAUUCUACAAAUGAAACAUUUAUCUACAAUGGAGGGGUUUCCAAAGCCAUUUUAGAAGCUGCUGGACCAGCUGUGGAAUUGGAAUGUAUUGCAUUAGGUGCACAGCCUCAUGGCAAUUUUAUAAUUACACAAGGGGGAAAUCUGAAGUGCCAAAAAAUAAUUCAUGUAAUUGGUCACAAGGAUGUUAAAGAAACAGUUUCCAGUGUCCUGCAAGAAUGUGAACAGAUGAAGAGCAAAUCUGUUUCCCUCCCACUCAUUGGAACAGGAAAUGCCAAACAAGACCCAGUUAUUGUCGCUAAAAAAAUAAUUGAUGCUGUUGAAGACUUUGCAUGGAAAGGGUCUGCCCAAUCAUUAAAAAAAGUGAAAGUGGUCAUCUUCCAGGCACAGCUUCUGAAAGUGUUUUAUACCAUUAUGAAAAAAAGGGAAGGCUCUGUGGUGCCUACUUCCAUGUUCUCUAAAUUAAAAGUACUUAUAGGUCUUGCAAGACAUCAUUUUGUUUUUAGAAAGAAAAUGGAAUCAACUGUGUUUCAAAUAUGUGGUGAAAGUAAGGAGAAUGUUGAAAGCACUGUCUCUUGGAUAAAAGAUUUAAUUUUAAAAGAACAAAAGAGUUACAUCUCCUCAGAUGCAGCCAUCCAAAAAUUUGGUGAAGAGGAGUUCGAAGAACUGAAUAAGCUGCAGAGAAGUUUGAAUAUCACCAUUUUCCCCCAAAAUAACUUUUGUCUACAGGUUGUAGGACUUGCCAGAGAUGUAUUGAAGGCUUCACAGAUAAUUGGUCAUAUGAUCCGGAGAGUAUAGAUAUAGAAUGUAUAAUUAGGCAUAUAUAGAUAUAGGAGGUAUACUUAGGUAUAGAAGAAUUGUCUAAGGCUGAGCUUCUCAGUGGGUUCAUUGAAUGGUAGUAUAAUGACAAUGAUGUUAAACUUUGACUUCUUUUGUCCCUUCCCUUCUUUCUUCCCUGUCCUUUCCUUUCUUGCCUUGCCCUUCUUUGCCCUGCCCCUUAACCCUUUCUUGGCCUCAAUUAAUUCCCUGGUAAAGUUAUGGUCCUUGUAUAACUUUGUGUAUUAGUGCAAAGAUAAUGCUCAUUUACUACAAUAUAAUUUAACCCAUGACUACCAACAAGCCUUUUUUAUAGCCUAUCUUCCAUUGGCACAUCACUCCUUUAGCUUAAAACUUUGGCUUUUAUUGAAAUGCAAAAACCCUAGAGGAAUAAAAUUAAAGGUUUAAUCAGUCAUUUAUACAUCAGAAAACUGAUCCAUAUAUUAACCCAUUAACAUAAAUUAGUAGCUUCCUGGUUUGCAAACUUGUCUCUUCUCAGUUCUCCUUAGUUGAAAUCAAUGCUCCAAAUAACUGUAGAGAUUGAUUACUUAGGGACAAACAGAUAGAAACAAUCUUCUGAAUCUGCCAAAGUUAUUUUAUAAUAGGUGACAAACGAAAGCCUGAAUGAGUUCAUUAGAUUUUUCCAGAAAUCAGGCUCUAAUGGAGGAGCAGGAAGAUGAAGAGGAAUGAUAAGACCUUAUUUUCUUUUAUUUUUUAAAAAAAAGCUGAUUAGCCUAUUGGUGGAAACAACAUAAGCAGUCAUAAGCAUAUCUGAAUUCAACUCAGGCUCAAUUUCCUUAGCCAGUUGUUUUUCCAACUCCACUCCUUACUGAUCAUAAUUGCUGACAUCCCAGACGAUGCCCUAAAAUGUUCCUUGGCUCAUAUAUAACAAUUAAGGCUCUAAGAACAAAUGGGCCUGAACUACUGCCUCUUGACAUAUGUUGGGCUCAGGACAUUAUAGACUCAUUAAGCACUGGCAUAGAUUUAUUUUAAAAUGAAUGUGCUCGGGGCAGCUAGGUGGCACAGUGGAUAAAGCACUGGCCCUGGAUUCAGGAGUACCUGAGUUCAAAUCCAGCCUCAGACACUUAACACUUAUUAGCUGUGUGACCCUGGGCAAGUCAUUUAACCCCAAUUGCCUCACCCAAAACAAAACAAAACAAAAAAAUAAAAUGAACGUGCUCUUUGAGGCUCUUGUUGAGUCUAUUUUUCAAGUAUGUAUUCCUUCUCAUAGUGUACACAAUCAUAUACUGUAUGAGUCAAUUUCAGUAGUUCCCAAAAAGGAACAAAUAAUAACUCCUCUAGUGUUGCAAACAAAAUGCAGGAAAAAACAAUCACUGCUUCUUACAAUCAUGUUGCUACCAUCUAAUAUGUGCAUGCAGGUAAGAUAUUUUGUUUCCAUAUGUACAGUAUUGUAUUUCUCAUGUUUUUAAUUUAACAAUUGUAAAUUUAUUUUUAACUUUCUUUGCUUUUGUUACCAUAGUGAGAAUGAUUUUUUGAAACAGUGUGUUAUCUGAUCCCUGAGUCUAGAUUUAUUCUGCAUGCAUAUUUGUAGUACUUUGUUAAAAUUUCAGUUAUGACAGGUAUAUAGAAUCCUAUCACAAUUUUAAAAUCAUAAUAAUGAAAUGUUUUAUUUCAGAAAUGAGAUCUUCAAUAGUUUAUACUUUAGUUAUAAAGUUGAAAGCUUAUAAAAUAGUGAAGAAUUAAAUUAUUCCUGCUUAUCAUUCCAUUUCCUCAUCCAUAAAAGAUGCCUCUGUAGCCUUGCUUCUCAGACUGAAGUUAGUAGCCUUUUCAGAGGCCACAGAAACAUUGCAGGGAGGCAUGGUGGCACAGCUCAGUCCCAAAUUUCUUCCUCUUUCCUUGGUCCAUCCCUUUACCUUCCUCUUCUUCACCCAUUCUAACCAUUGAUCCACUUACUAUCUUUUGUGCCAUGAUUACAUCUAAUUGUUACCAAGCCUUUUAAAAAUUGGAUGAUGAUACAGGAUAAAGGAACUCUUCAAAAUAGAUUACAAACAUUUUGGGGGUAAGAGGACCAUGGAAUAAAAAUAAAAUUAUUGCUUUAGGGUCAUUGAAGUUAUGUGGACUUUAAAAGAAAAAGGCCUAUCAUGCCCAUUUCCUACAAGGCAUCAGAUCCCAGAAUCACAGAUUUAAUAUUUAUUAGUCAGUGAGUGAAUCUAGAGGUGAAAUUGGAUUUUUUUUCACCAGUCAGAAGAGCAGUCUUCUUUAGUGCAUUAGACUCUCCCAUUUCUAGGAUGAAUACUAAGGGACCACCCGUGCUAGCAUGGUUGUGAAGAAAAUACUUUGUAAAGCUUCAGAAUUUGCUCUUUAAAGCUCAGUUGUGAGAGGGAGCCAUCUCAAGACAGUCUAUUUCUCUUGAAUAGAAGAAAUGCAGUGGUGAGCACACUUUGACCUAAGAAAAGCCAUAAAUGGUAACUAUUGGAGAUAGUUUAUGUAUAGCCUUUUUUGGAGACAAGGGAUAGAGCUUGUUUUUAGUUUAUUUAUAGGAGAGGAUUGCCUUAACUAUGAAUGAAGGAAAUGUAAUAAGGAAAUGGAACUGUACUUGUGUCUUUAGUAAAUUGUUUACAAUUACUGAUGUAGAUCUUUAUAACCAAAGGAUUAUAACUUCCUUACUGAAUAGAAUACUUCAAAAUUGAGAUCCAUAAAGUUUAGCAGUAAAAAGCUUACCUGAGGUAUAAUAAUCUCAGAUAUAACACUAAGUAUGUGUCUUGCUAAUUUCAAAUUGUGUCAUACAUUAUUUCAGAAGCUUAGGUUUUAUAGAUUUAAAUAUAAUUUUGAUGGUCAUUGCACAUUAGCUAUAAUUAUUAAAGUGAAGGUUAGAGUAAAACAAAUGUCAAUUUCAUUGUUGUUUGCAAUAGUUUAAUAACUACUUUACCCUAUGGUCCAUUACUAUUUUAUUAUAGAGGCUACACACUUAGCAUGGUCAUUUAAAACAGUGUGUAAACUCUAAACUAAUAAAACUUCUAAAAUAUGUAUUGCAAGAACAAAUUGGGUUCAAUUUUAUUUUUAGAAAAUAGUGAUAUUUCUUUAUGUCAUGUAUUUGUGCUUUUGUUGGGUUGGGCUCCCAACAGUCUUUAUCUUAGAGAGUUUUCUGAGCCUCAGUAAGAUUAACACAGCAAGUCAAUGUCAGAGUGGAUUUGAACUCAGGUUUUCCUGACUCCAAAUCUAGCAUAUAUAUCUGUAAGACUUCACUCAUUAACAACAAAGUAGCAUGUAAGAAUUUAACUUAUUAAUUUUGUGGCUUUUUAAUAAAAAAUACUGUUGCCUAUUGAGAGAGCCAUAAAAACAAUAAAAUAAUGCUUACGUAGUAUGAAUAUUUAUUAGAAUUCUAUGAUAGUUUUAUUCCAAAGAACUCAGAGGAUAUGUACAAACUUGAAAUGAGAUGAUUCCUAAGUUAAAACUAAAGCCAAGAGGCUGUUCAUGGAACAAUAAUAAAGCUGAAUAAAA